AUGGCCUUCACCAAAGCUCCCCCUGGUGCAGUCACACGCUACCUCUGGGUUGGCGGCGUGUACGGCAUGUCCGUACAUCAUCUUGCCGAACUCUUCGCACCGUACGGCAAUCCAACGGUGGUUCUACCCGAGAGCGGCGAGAACAGCCGUGCUCGCAGUCGUCGUCCCCCUCCCCCACCAUCCCAACAACAGCAGCAACAACAACAGCAACAAGAGGAAGAACACCAGCAACACCAGCAGCAAGUACUAGGUGGUUACCACGCCUUCCUCGCAUUCGAGGCGGAGGGUGAUGCGGCGGCGGCAGUGGCGGCGGUUCCCCGGGAUACCCCCUGGCCGGCGGCGGGGGGACGGAAGUUGGUGCUCACAUACGCAGACAUGCGGCGGGACAAGCGGCCCGUGCCCAGGUCCGUGAGCACGAGUGCGGAUGAUUUGGGUAUUCCCGGACUCGGCUUGUUGGAGGAGUUCGUGACGGAGGAGGAGGAGCUACGGCUGCUGGCGGCCGUCCUGGGGGCGGCGGGGGAGGGGGGGGAGACUCGUAAUGUGGACCCCUCCCGACCCAUGGGUCACCUACCCCCCUGGGUGAGCGACCUGGUGGAGCGGAUAUCGGCACUGCCGGAGGUAUCUCAGCCGUUAGACCAGCUAACCGUCAACGAGUACGACCCCGGAGUGGGUUUAGCUCCCCAUGUGGACACCCACUCGGCCUUUACGGGCCCUAUCAUCUCCCUGUCACUCGGCAGUACGGCAGUGAUGGAGAUGCGGAGGGGGGAGGUUCGCGGUUAUCCCUGCAACUGUAACUACCCGGACUGCUGCGAUAGCCAGCAGCAGCCUAAUGACGACGACGAUGGUGAUCAGCAGGCGCAGCAACCUCAAAUGUCAGCUGAGCAGCAGCAGCAGCAGCAGCAUGCAGAUCCGCAACGGGAGCAGGAGGGGAAGGAGAAGGAGGAGGAGGCGAGGUUGGCGGCGCUCGAGGCGGAGUACGUGCACAAGGUGUACGACGCUAUCGCACCCCAUUUCAGCGCGACACGGUUCGCUAUCUGGCCGCGGGUUCGCAGCUUCAUCGAGUCGCUGCCGAAGGGGGCAGUGGUGGCUGACGUGGGUUGCGGUAAUGGCAAGUACUUUGGAGUGCGGCGGGAUCUGGCAGUGCUGGGCAGCGACAUCAGCUCGGGUCUUGCGGAGGUGGCGGCUCAGCGGCUACAUGCCCCCGGCCUGCCGCCGUCCGCCUCGCCCCCCGCCGCCGAUGCCCUCGUCGCCGAUGCGCUGCACCUGCCGUACCGUCCGGGCAGUUGCGACGGCGUGCUGUGCAUUGCCGUACUGCACCACCUCAGCAGUCGCCGCCGCCGGAUCGACACCUCCAAGAGCGCUGUCGUGUUCCAGCGCUACUACCACCUCUUUGAGCGGUCGGAGCUGGUGGGGCUGGUGGAGCAGGCGCUGAGGGAAGGGCCCGCCGGGGGGUUGGGAAAUGACGGUGACGUCGACACCGAUGGCGGUGACGGAGGCGCUGUUGUGUACGGCAUGGGUACGACGACGAACCUGGCGCCGCCGUGGGGUGUUAUCGAGGAAGUGUUUUAUGAUCGAUCCAACUGGUGCAUCAUAUUUCGGAGAGACCGAUGAGGUGGUGGUGUUAUCAUUAUCAGCAUAGCGGGCAUAGCGGUAUAUAUGUUGCACGAAUUGCAGGCGGGGGGGCCGGAGGGGUGGUGUGUAGUGCUUACUACAACCAAAAAUUGGUGUGUGGAGGGUGAGAAAGUGAUAACAAUACCGAACCCAGGCUUGAGCCCGGUCGGGUAGUUUUGCGUGAUGCCGCUUUCCCUCCGCGACUAGCGCAGAUUACCCGCAGACUUUGCACAGUGAGUUCCUCUGAGUUUGAGUAGUAGUACUUCUACAUGAAUCUCCGGCUCGAAUGAGGCAGAGCGAAAGAGAUGUACGCGUCGGGAUGGGAACGACGUUACGAUUGGUAUCGAGACUGGUAACCCUGUCCCUACCCGGAUUCGAAUCAGGCCUGGGCAGUUCGACCACCUGCGGCCACUGAUGAGACGGACGUGGUCGAGGACACCCUGAGCUGCAGGGGGGAUUACUGUAGCAUCCUGUCCUGGGGGUAUCAGGGGGUCCCGACACCCGCCGGUCGGUACUUUUCUGAAGUCGUGAUAUAACAAAGCUCUCCU